AUGUCCAUUGAUUCCAAAAGCUACCCCAAGUUUGUCCGAGAAGUAGAAAAACAUUUGAUAUUGCCCCUUACUCUUCCGCAAUCCGUCUCCUCGUCCUCCCACCCCUACUGCCAGGUGAAACAGAAGAUUGAUUUCAAACCUAAUGAUGAUCAGAAAGUUCAAUAUUCUAUUUACAUCCUACAUGUGCUUUUUCUAUUCUUGAAGCAUGUAAAUGAGCAGCACAUGAAAGAGAUAGCAAUAGAGUCUAGAAUUCAAGUGACUGCAGUAAAACAUCAAUUUUUGACUUGCAUAGAAGCUGCCCUUCUUGUCAUUAUAACCUUUGCCUUCAAUGUUGUUGGGAAUUGCGAGAUGGCAACCCUCAAGGAAACAAAAGAAGAAGUUAUCAUUGAACCUAACGAUCCAGGGCCUGAGUACUUACAUGGCAACCCCAAGGGAUUUAGGAAUGCAUGGAAAAAGACAUGUUAUGUUGAGAAGGCUGCUGAAGAUCCUGCACCGAAGGAAAAGCAAACUCAUGACUGGAAUUCUUUGGUUGAUGGCAGUAUUCUUUGCCCUCCAAAAAAGCAUGGGUGGUUGUGGUUGUGGGAUUUUAGAGUUGAUGCACAUAAAGUCACUUGA